AUGCAAGCACUUUGGUCUCGGAUAGCGCAGACCGGACUCAGCUGCCAUUGCCCGUCAUGUGUGUCGGCCGGUGCCAGUGGAGUUGCUAGGCGGACCACCAAUGCCGCCGGCAGGAGGCCGGUGAGAUGGGCCCUGUCGUCGACCUUUGUAUACUCGGGCAUCUUUGCCGCCGCCGCUACCACCGACGCCGGAUUCAAGCAGAAGAGACGGGAACAAUGGGACCGCGCCAUCGCAGACAUCAAACACGAUCUGGACGAUUCCCAAUUGGGCAAGACUACCCAAGCCAGGCAAGAGACGGAAGGACACCUUCAGGCCGGACAAGAGCAGGAAGGGACAUACAGGUGGAAACCGCUCUUUGACGACCCGCAGGACGCCGUUCUCGAAGAUCAACACCAAGAAGCGCAUCUAGAUGGCCCUGUAUGGCCAGAAAAUACAGGAGCUGGCCUACAUCGACCAUUUGUUGCUCCCACCUCCAUAUAUGCAAGGACUUCUACCCGGGAAAGGGCAUUUGCCGCCCGCUGGACUACAAAGAAGAUACGCACGACCGAGUUGGCUGUCGACAAGCUUAUUCUUCGCAUGCUGUUACAUCUGGAUGAACUCAAUUCUCGUAAAGACUUAGCUACUGCUGUGCCGGAGUCAUGUCACGAUCUCUUCGGUGCCCCUACUUCCCACCUCAAGGCUCUUCUACUAUUUACAAAUGAUCAACAUAUGGAGGCCACUACCUUUCCAGAUCCAAACGCACACUUCAACGAUCUCCCACGACAACAUAAACACGGUGUUACUUAUCGACAGGAUGGCUUCGGCGAGUACCACAAGACUGCACAAGAUCUAAACUCUGCUCUAGGCCUGCUGUUUGAGAAGAAAGAAUCAGGCCAACUGGCCUAUGAGCAACUUGUCGCAAGGAUUGCCUACAACCUCUACAUUUCUUCCGCGGCGCCCAACUUGGAUUGCUGGAAUACCUUACUCCGUGGCUUCAUGGAAUGCGACAAUAUCGGCCUGGUGAAUCCAACACUAUAUGCCAUUGAAAAUGCCAAUGUCCGUCACAACGAGACCACAAUAAAGGCUACGCUCAAGUAUUAUAUUAUGAUCAACCGGUCUACCGAGUUCACCGCCUUUGUUGAUAGAAUCCGCGGUGUGGGAAAAGGUCUCAUGCUCGCAAAGCCCACCAUCACUGUCAAUGAUUCAGGCCGUCCGCGUCUGGUAGUGAAAGAGGAUGGCAAGAUUGUUCAAAAGCCAUAUCACACGCCAGCAGUCACAGAAGUCAUUGUUCAAGGCGUCUUGCACUUCAUUGGCUUCGAUGCAGCCCUCCGCAUUGCCACAGACAUGGGUCAAGAAGGAUGGGGUUUGUCCAUCCGUGGUUUGACUCCAUUGCUCGACGAUCGAGCGCGAAAAGCAGACUACAAAGUCGGAUGCCAGAUAUGGGACCUGAUCAAGAGGCUUCAGGAGGAGAGUAGAGCCAAAGGCAAACCAGAAAGACUGUUCGCCCGCACAUACUCGGCGAUGAUGCGUUUGUGCAGUGCUUGCAAUGAAAUGGCGCGCUUCGACGAGAUUUUGUGCGAAGCACGCGCGGCCAAAUACGAGCAUCGAGAGUUGCUGAAUAUGUUCAGGCAAGAGAUGCUUAAAGGAUCGUCUCCAGUGCGUCAGUUGGCAGACCCCAAUUCGACUAUGCAACGGUAUAGGCACGGCAUCACACAAGCAGAUUUUGAGAACAUCGAGGAGAAGGAACCCGAGAAAGUGGAUGAGGAGGUCUGGACGGCAUCGGAAACUCCUGCUGGUAUAUCAUCUCCCAAUCUUGACCCUACCUCUGGUCUGGAUCUUCAGGAUGACGAUGAUUGGCUUGAUUCACCAAUAGAAGUGAGACAGUGA